UCUUUUGACUAGUACCCAAAAAAAAGGGAAAAAAAAAUCUUUAUUAUACACAAAGCUAUACUAGCAAGAAGUAAGAAGCAGUUUCUAGGGUUUUCAGGGUUUAAGGCAGCACAGCAGCAGAAUUGAAUCAUGUCUCUCGAUGCUUCUCAAGCACUCGAAGUUAGAGAAAAAGUUCACCAGUUUCUCAAUGCUGCUACUACCGGGAAUAUCGAUGUCCUCAAGAAGAUAGCUGCACAAUUGGAUGAUGGAAAGGGGAUGGCGCAAACCGUGGCGGAAGUUAAAGAUGCCAAUAAGAGGGGAGCUCUUCACUUUGCUGCGAGAGAGGGAAAGACGGAGAUGUGCAAGUUUUUAAUAGAAGAUUUGAAGCUGGAUAUCAACGUAAAAGAUGAAGAUGGUGAUACUCCUCUUCACCACGCUGCUCGGCAAGGACAUACUGCCACAGCCAAAUACCUAAUUGAGCAUGGCGCUGAUGUCGCAGCUUCUAGUGAAUUGGGUGCCACAGCGCUACAUCAUUCAGCCGGAAUAGGAGAUAUUGAGUUACUGAAGUUCUUACUAUCCAGAGGUGCCGAUGUUAAUUCCCAAAGUGAUUCUGGUAGUCCUCUAUUAUGGGCUGCUGGUCACGCUCAGCAAGAUGCUGUAAAAGCUUUGCUGGAAAAUCAUGCUGAUCCAAAUGCUGAAACUGAUGACAACAUUACUCCUCUGUUCUCCGCUGUUGCAGCAGGCUCAUUGGCAUGCUUAGAAAUAUUGAUUCAGGCAGGUGCUCGUGUAGAUGUUAGUGCUGGUGGAGCAACUCCUUUGCACAUUGCAGCUGAUAAUGGCAGCGCUGAUAUCAUUAAUUGCUUAUUAAAAGCUGGUGCUGAUCCUAAUGCUGUUGAGGAUGGCCUAAAACCAAUACAGGUUGCAGCUGCAGCAGGUAAUAAGUCAGCCGUUUCAGUUCUUCUACCCUUAACAUCUAAAAUCCAAAAUGUUCCAUCAUGGAGUGUGGAGGGGCUCAUUCAGUACAUGCAAAGUGAGGCUGCAACAGAACAGUUAAAAUCCACCAAUAUUGCUGAUACGUCAGGAGGGGAUACAACAGGCUCGAAAAAAAGCGUGGUUGAGGUAACACCCGAGGCAAAGAAGAAAGCUGCAGAAGCAAAAUCUAGAGCUGAUGAUGCUUUCAGACGAAAGGAUUAUUCAGCGGCUGUUGAUGCUUAUACACAGGCAAUUGAUUUCGAUCACACAGAUGCCACUUUACAUUCUAAUAGAAGUUUGUGCUGGUUACGUCUGGGACAAGCCGAGCAUGCCUUAGCCGAUGCAAAAAUCUGCAGAGCACUGAGGCCAGAUUGGGCAAAAGCUUGUUAUCGGGAAGGGGCAGCUUAUCGUUUAAUACAGAAAUUUGAGGAAGCAGCCAAUGCUUUUUAUGAAGGCGUGCAGCUUGACCCUGAAAAUAAGGAACUUGUACAUUCUUUCAGGGAAGCUGUUGAGGCUGGAAGAAAAUUUCAUAGUGAAAAACAGCAAGAGUUGUCAGGAAAACAAUAAAAGCUGCUGAAAUACUACAUAUGUUUGCACAUCUGUAUGUUGUUUGGUAAAUUACCAUUCUAAACCUUUUCUUGGUGACGAGGGAGAAAAAAAAGGUAAAGGACAUGUGAAGUUGGCAGUUGGGUAUUGUUACAAUUUGUAACUUAGUGUCAUUAAUUUGUUCCAGUUUUUUGUAGCUGAGUAUUUUUGUAUUAAAUCAACUGUCCUUACUUUUUUCAUUUUGAUUUAUCAUGGCAAUUUUGUUUU